AAAUAGGAUGGGUUAGGCUCACAAGGCUUUUAUAAAAACGGGACGGGCCAAGCCGGGCUGGGCCGGGCCACCCGAAUGGACAACUUUAUUGUGAUAUUUUGAUAUGAGUUAUAUAAUAUAUUUCACAUUUUUCUAACAACAUCUAUGCUUAUUCUUUUCAUCACGUACAAGGAGGAAAGCAAUAAAGAAAAAAUCUCCAACGUUGUUGAUUUUCCCCGCCUAAACUACGUGCUAACACCCAAAUUUAAAUUUAAAUUUAAAUGACGAUAUUUAUCGUCUUUUUUACCAAAGCGAAAUGAAACCUAAAGCCAUGGAGGAGGGGCAGGGAUGCUCAGAACCGGAGACGAACUGUAUGGAGAUUGAGACCAACGCCGACUCUAUCGACUGCUCAAUGAUCUUCCAUGCCAUUAACGAUGUCUCCGGAUUCCUUCUCUACAUGCACCAACAAAUCCCCUCUGUCUUGCAGGAUAUCACUCUCGAAUUCGAGAAAUGGUGUAAAGAGUAUAGUAAAUUGGAAACUGAUCUCGCGCAAAUUCAAGGGACGGCGGCAUUUCGAAGAAAGCACGCUAGUGAAAUGAGAGAGAUAAAAUAUGGAAUUAAACGAUUCGACAAGUUAAUGCACACCAUUUCAGAUUUCCAAACUGCGCUUAAGCUUAUGAUCAGUGAAGUUCCUAACUUUCAAGUAGCAAUUUUGGUCCUUGGCGCUACUCCAUUACGACCCCGAGAUGUUUACGAGUUUUCUUUUCCCAAUCACCACUCUGCUUCUGUCGUCACAUCUCCUGAUUUCGCCAAAACCAGAGCAGCAGAAGUGCUGGCGAAGAAGGUUAUUCGGGGGCUGAUCUCAAAGGGUGUUGGAUCUGCUUCUUAUCCUGGCAUUUCUAAGUUGUUUCUAUUGGUUAAAGCUCCGUCUUCAUUAAAUCUACCCCUUCAUUUUGUCCCCAAACGUGAUUUCAGAUAUAGCAAAAAGGUUGUGCCGUUCAUAGUGCGGUGUAAGUGUAGAACCCAAGCUUGUAAACAAAUGGAUGCUAAUCAUCUUGAGCUUCACACUGAGAGCUCUACUGAGUCCACUGCAAAUGAAUUAAUCUGGUUCCAAUGUCGACAUGUGAUCAAGGGAUUAGCGUUCAACAAACCAACAGAGGAAUGAGAAUACAUAUACACAUUUCAUAAUUGUGAGAUGGGAUUUUCGAAUCAAGCAAUGGCUUCGUCAGAACUUGUUUGUUAUGCAGACCUCAUUACCUGCAUUUAACUCGUAUGUUUUGUGCUUUGCGGCUUCAUCCUACUUACUCAGGCUUGGGAAUGGAGAACUUAACCGGACUAACGUACCAAGUUUUAAAUGAGGUAUUGUCAACUGUGGUUUUAAUUCCAUAUGACUUGUAAAGAAUCCUCACAAUUAUUUUAUGCUCUUUUUGUCAAAAAGUAUGUAGGCAUUGCAUGGCACUGCUAUUCUGUUUUCCCUAGAAACAGUGACCUCACAUUUAUCAUAAAUUUUUGGAAUUAAAACAGUCAUUUGUAUUGUUAAUGUAAUAAUAUAACAAAUUGAUAAAA